UCGGCUACUGAAGUUGUAGCAGCAGCUGCUCCGAGGUGAGGUGCUCUGUUACUGGUAUCCUGCGAAGCGAAGGGUUAAAAUGACUCUGAACUUGGGUUCAGCUUGGUUUUCCUCCAAUCUCUCUCAUCACAGUCCUCAUUUCUCCAAGAUCUCUGCAAUCUCGUCCAACAGCAGAAGUGCUUUCUUGAUUCUCCUCUUCGGAAGGUACAACAAUGAGAGCUCCGCUUUCAAUUUCAAGCAUCUGCUCUGCUAUUCCUCCACCUCCUCUUCUUCUCAUUCGAAAGUCCUCAGACUACGCGCUGCGGUAAGUGAUAGACCAGAUGAGAAUGCCGAGAAGUCUGUCUCGGGGCUUUUGGACGAGGAAUUGUUGGGUCGAGUUUCAGGCGCGAAAGAUGCCGACGAAGCCUUGGAGAUGAUCGCUCAGAAGUCUAACAGAGAUGGAGGCGUUGUGGGAACAUCCGAUUGUUGUUCGAUUAUAACCGCUGCACUCGACCGCAACAAUGCCGACUUGGCACUGUCUGUUUUUCAAGCCAUGCGUUCGAGCUUUGAUCAACGUGCGAAUGAAAUGGAUUCUGUCGAGAGAUGGAAGUGGUCCAGGCCGGAUGCUUACACUUACGCAUCUUUGGUUCGGGGCCUUGGAGCAGUACUGCGGGUUUCUGAUGCUAUUAAGACACUAACUGAUGUUUGCCGGGUGGGGAUUUCUUCUGCCGAGGAGGUCCCUUUUGGGAAGAUUGUGAGAUGUCCUAGGUGUACAAUAGCUAUUGUUGUUGUUCAACCCCAAAACGGCAAUCAGAUUGCAUCCUGUUCCAAGUGCCGCUACCAGUAUGAGCUUGUUUCUGGAAAUAUCAUUAGCAUUCAGUCAGAAGAAAUCAGCAUGGAUAUUCCACCAUGGGAAAGGGGGCUGAGGUUCCUGAAAGUAAUGAAGCAAAGCACUCCUGCAGCUGUGCAUUCUAUUGUGGUCCAGACUCCCACUGGCACUGCUUGUACACACAGGUUUGCCACUGAAACAGUUGAACUUCCCGCACAACAGGGGGAAAGAGUAACCAUUUCUCUUGCUGCUCCAUCAUAUGUUUAUCGGAGGGUCGGUCCAUUCCAAUUCAGCCCAAAAGCUCCUGAGUUCAAACCAGGAGAGCCCAUUUGUCUAACAAACCACAAAAAUGGCAGGGAGUUCCAGUUGCUGAGAGCCCCUGCAAGCAAUGGAAGUUUUUCUUUGUAUAAUCCCUCCUUCCUCUUUCCAAUUAUUGCUUUGCUGGCAACUGGAGAUGCUGCCUCUGGAAUAAUAGACCCCAACUUGCCCCAGUACAUAUCUGCUGCUGCCAUUGCAUCAUUCGCUCUUGCAACUACCAUCAAUGCUGUAGUUUUGCCGCAAUUGAGUCAGCUCCCUGAGAGGACGGUGGAUGCAGUUGCUAUCAAGCAAAAACUUUUAUCUCAGUAUGAUGUACUUCAGAUCCGGAUUAAGGAUCUAAAAGAAGCUGCAGAAAAAGAGGUGUGGAUGUUGGCUCGAAUGUGCCAGUUGGAGAAUAAAAUUUUAGCUGUUGGAGAGCCUUCUUAUCGUGCUCGGAGAAGCAGAGUACAAAAGGUACGUGAAAGUUUGGAAAAUUCCCUCAUGGCACGAAUUGAACUGAUCAACAGCUACGCAAGAAUUUCUUCAAUGAUUGAAAUUGAGGUGGAAAUGGACUCGGACGUUCUUGCUGCUGAAGCAGUGAGCAAUGCGGAGACUAUUGCAGAACAGAUACAGCAAAUAAUGGAGUUAGAAAAUGUUGAAGAGAGAUGGAGAAUACAAGCUGAGGCGAACGAUGAGGCAGAAAGCCUUCUCAGUUUUCAACCAGUGCCUACGGAACAGGUCCAGGACAUAUUGUGACAAUGGAUGGAUGACAGUCCGUGAUGCUCCAAAUUCUGUCAUACCCUGGGGAUGAAUUUUUUUUCACAAGAUAUUCUAUGGGAAAGGCUUGGAAUCAGAAUGCAGUUUCCUUAUUGGUGCAGUGGCCAAAGACCACCGUGGGGUAGUGUGUGGUAAUCGCCAUGUCAUAUUAUCUUAAGCAUAGCGAGAUGGUGGUCAAUCCUUACACUUGUAAAUGAUAUUAUUUGUUAUUGAUAAACCCCCUUGGCCACUUUUUGUCAAC